GACUUACAUUUCAAAAGUAUGAACUGAACUGAAACAUCUCUUUUAAAAUCUCAAUAAUAGAGACAAUACAAACCUGAAUAUAGAGACAAUAUGAUGCUGAAUGGCCAUUGUGUCACUGCAGGUCACUCUGUUUGGCCUUCCAGAUUGACCUGCACAGUGGUGGAGCACUGACACAGCUCAUUUCCAAAAGCCACAUACACACACAUCGCCCCUCCCACAGGCCUUUCUGCCUUUCACCAUAUUUCCUGUGUGAUCUAAAGACAACCAGAGCCCAUUAAAGACAUUGAGUCAACUGGACAGCCAUCACAAUAUCAGAUACUUAUGGAGAUCAGUCACUUACGGUGCUGUGAAAAAUGAGGCCUGCUGUUUUGCUGAGGUGUUUUUGGGGAAUUUGCCUGUUAUCGACAGCACUUUCCCUGAAAAUCUGUGCUUUUAACGUCCAAAGCUUUGGGGAAGCAAAAUCCAAUAACAAAAAAGUUAUGGGGAUUUUGACCAAGAUCAUUUCCCGCUGUGACUUGAGUUUAAUUCAGGAGGUGCGUGACUCUAAAGGUGAAGCCGUUCCUGCACUGAUGAAGAUCCUGAACAGGUAUGACAAAUCUCACGUCUACUCACAUUUAGAGAGCAAGCGCCUGGGAAAGAAAACUUACAAGGAGCAGUAUGUGUACAUUUACAGAAAAGACAUGCUGCAGGUCCAAGACCAACUCUAUUACCCAGAGGAAGUGACCCAGGAGGACUCUAACGACACGCAGGUUUUCUCCAGACAACCUUUCAUCAUUCGCAUCCACUCCCCCACCACUCUGGUGAAAAACUUUGUCAUCAUUGGUCAUCACACAUGUCCUACCAAAGCCAUGAAGGAGAUGGAGGAACUGUAUGGAGUUUUCCAGUUCAUCAAAAAGAAGUGGAGAACAGAGAAUGUGAUGCUGCUGGGAGAUCUGAAUGCUGACUGUGGAUAUGUGACCAUUAAAGGCCUGAAGAACCUCAGGCUGAGGAACGACCCAAAAUUCAGCUGGCUGAUUACAAACGAGCAGGACACUACAGUGCGGGAAAAAACGCACUGUGCUUAUGACAGGAUAAUUGUACAUGGCAAAGAACUGAUUUCCGGGAUUGUGCCAGAGUCUGCUCAACCCUUCAACUUCAAAUAUGAGUUCAGUUUAACUGAACAAGAGGCUUUGGAAGUCAGUGACCACUAUCCAAUAGAGGUUGACCUGAAGCCAAGUCAUCACUACCUUCUCCGGCAUGAGCUCUGAAAGGACAAUGAACUGCAUAAAUACAUAUCAGCGCCCAGUGUGCUGUUGUUCCACUGUAUUACAUUAUAUUAAUUUAAUCAAAUUAAUAAAUACAGAAUAUUGUUAUGGUUUAA